CGGGGCUUCGGGGCGGCGGCGUCAUGGCGGAGGCGGCUUUGGACGCCGUGCGGAGGGAGUUACGAGAAUUCCCGGCGGCGGUAAGGGAGCUCAACGUGCCUCUUGCUGUGCCUUACCUGGACCAGCCCCCAACUCCACUCCACUUCUACCGGGACUGGGUCUGCCCCAACAGGCCCUGCAUCAUCCGCCACGCCCUGCAGCACUGGCCAGCCCUGCAGAAGUGGUCGCUCCCCUACCUCAGAGCCGCAGCGGGCUCCACGGAGGUGAGUGUGGCGGUGACCCCGGAUGGUUACGCGGAUGCCGUGCGAGGGGACCGCUUUGUGAUGCCCGCCGAGCGCCGCCUGCCCCUGAGCUGCGUGCUGGACGUACUGGAGGGCCGAGCCCAACACCCGGGAGUCCUCUACGUCCAGAAGCAGUGCUCCAACCUCCCCACCGAGCUGCCCCAGCUGUUGUCUGAUCUGGAGCCCCACGUGCCCUGGGCCUCCGAGGCGCUGGGAAAGAUGCCUGAUGCUGUGAACUUCUGGCUGGGGGAGGCGGCUGCAGUGACAUCGCUGCAUAAGGACCACUAUGAGAACCUCUACUGUGUGGUCUCGGGAGAGAAACACUUCCUGCUGCAUCCGCCCAGUGACCGGCCCUUCAUCCCCUGUGAGAUGUACACGCCAGCAACCUACCAGCUCACUGAAGAGGGCUCCUUUAAAAUGGUGGAUGAGGAGGCCAUGGAGAAGGUGCCCUGGAUCCCCCUGGACCCGUUGGCUCCAGAUCUGGCUCGGUACCCCAGUUACAGCCAGGCCCAGGCCCUUCGCUGCACGGUGCGGGCUGGUGAGAUGCUCUACCUGCCGGCCCUGUGGUUCCACCAUGUCCGGCAGUCCCAUGGCUGCAUUGCUGUGAAUUUCUGGUAUGACAUGGAGUAUGACCUCAAGUACAGUUACUUCCAGCUGCUCGACUCCCUCACGAAGGCCUCGGGCCUUGCCUGAUGGAGGCCUGGUGAAUGAAUAUUGCCCAUGACAACGUGUGGAAAAGGUGGCGCCUCUCCCGGGCCAGGUCAAUUCUAGAGGCAACGUGGAGUCAGAGCGUGCUGGCCCCUGGCCCAGCUCGGCUUGCGACCAGCUGUGCAGGAUCUCUGGAGGCGGACCGGAGCAGGAGGUCCCUGCAGUCCGGGCGUGGCUCACCGGUGAGGCAGCAGCCUGCACUGGAGGAGGGGUGAGGCGCCAGGUGCAGCACUGCCUCACCCCCGUGACCCUGGGUGAGUGUGUGCCUCGGAGCAUUGGGGACCUGUCUGUGAGACAGAUAAUGAUGGUUCCUACCUCCGGGUGUUGUGAGCACCAGAGAUGGUGUCUGUGAGGGCAGCAAGGCUGGCGCAGCGGGAAAGCUCAAUAAAAGAUGGCUGUGAUCUGUGUGUGCCCAGUCUUCCUGGCUCUGUCUCAUUCCCCAGCUCCAGGGCAGCUGCUGGGCUGUGGUGCCGAGAGGGGACAGAAGCCCGCCCCUCCUGAGACUUCCUCUGUGGAAGGAGUGGGUCUCGGAGCUCAGACCCCCUCCCCACCAACCGGGCCCUGGAGAUGGGAGCCCCCUUUCCCGACUGCCAGCCCAGAGGCCUCAUCCCCCAGCACCAGCCCAGGGCUGGGGCGGCCGCUUUGAAGGGCUGUUUCAAAGAACAAACCACGCCCCUGCCAGGUCAUGAUGGGGCCUGGGGCAUUCCUCAGAUUGUCCAACCACUUCAGCCGGACUGGGUAUUCCUGUCAUACUGGCAUUGGGAGAUUGCAAAAGGCCCUGUCAUGGGGGGCACGGCUCUUCCGUUUGCUGCUGCUCUGGGCCCAUCCCCUGCUUUCCAGACC